UCUCAGUGCUCAGUUUGUGGUCAGUAAGUAGUGAGUGUUAGAUCAGAAGCAUAUGCUGGAAUGUGUUAUCAGAAAGCUUUAAACAUUACCGAGGUUACAUAUGAUUGAUAAAUAAUAUUUAACAACUAGGCUAUGUAAAUACUUGUUUAUUAAGUUAGGAUGGGAAAAUUUCUCAAAUUGUUUCCAGAUAUUCCAUAAAUAAACUAGCUUAAUUUUCUAAAUAAAAUGUCUCACUCAAAUGUGGAUGGUAUUGUUGAUAUUAUAAAAAUUAGUAUGGUUCCUAUCAGUGUUGUUAAAGAUGAGAAUACAACUAAUUCAAAUGUUAUGAAUGAAUCCUCAAAUGAUGUGAAUUCUAAUCCUCUUCAUAAACUUGAUAAACUUAUUCAAAACUUUAAGGAUUCAUUCAUCAAUGAAACAUCAGAAGAGCACAAAAAUGAAGUUGAGGUUUUGUCUAGUAAGAAUUGCAUUGAUAAUAUUUUCAUAAGUGAAUUUCCACAUAAAAGUGAAAAUGAAAGUAUACAGAAUAAUCCGGAGUCAAAUAGUUUUGAAAAUGAAAAUGGAAUAAUGAUUCAAAACGAGCCUGAAGGAUGCAUUCUUGAACACAAAUCUAUAAAUUCGUCACAAUCUAGUGAUACUUUGGAGUUAACUCAAAAUUUCUAUCGUUUCCAAAGUGUGUUCAAAUCAUUUAAUGAAAUGUCAAAUGAGACUAAGAUUUUUGAAGGAGUAAACAAAACUGUGCACCAUUCUACGGCGACAGAAAAGUUAGAAACUAAUGGCACCGACAACACAAAUGAGUAUACAAAUCCUUUUGAAACAUUAUGUCAGUUGUUGCAAGAAGAAGAUUUCAACUGUAGUAAAAAUAUUCCAAAACCGACUAUAGAUAAACUACCAGAAACUUCCUCUACCGAGGACACCGACGAGAAAAAUUCCACUUACACAACAGUGGAUUCUAAUAAAACACAAGCAAAUGAUUUGGAUUAUACCCAAGGUACAACUUUGCAAAAUGACUUGAGUUUUUUGAAUCUGGAAGGAACUUCAAUCUCCGAUCAAGAUAGAGAGAAGGCAAGCGAGAGGAACUGUUUUUCAACAGAGAGAGUUUUUAUUCUAGAAGGUGAUGUAGAGGUAGAUAUUCAUGACGCUAUCAGGCGAGACGAUGAAUUUCUCUUGAAGCAACUGUUGGCCAGAGGAGCUGACCCGGAUGAACCAGAUUGGAGAAGAAGAGGAGAUCCACCAAUAGUACAGGCGGCUCUCAAGCAAAACGUAUCUAUUGUCAAAGCUCUAUGUUUGGCCGGCUGUGAUGUCAACUUGACGAGUGUCAGAGGGGAGACAGCGCUACACAUGGCUGUGAGUCGUCGUCCCGUCUGUCUGCCACUGCUAGACGCACUCCUGACCGCUGGGUGUAAUCCCAACACCCAGGACAAGCUGCGUGGGUGUUCCGCUCUCCACUGCGUCUCAGGAUUUGCGGACGACGAGCCUCAAGUUUUUCUCAAACUUGUAGCCAUCACCAAUGUCAAUUUACGAGACCACAGACACAGCACAGUCCUGCACCGAGUCGCAGCGAGUAGCAACAACGUGACAUGGAUAAAACAGCUGCUGGAGUUAGGAGCAGACCCGAGUGUGCAGAACGACCGUGGUGAGACAGCACUGUGUGUAGCCCUAGAAAGGGGUUGGGAAGCGGGGGCACUGGCUUUAGUGGCGGGGGGCACUGAUCUCCACCACACCAACCUCUACCGUGAGACUGCCCUGCAUAUAGCAGCUAGACAUAACCAGGCCAGUGUGGUGGCAGCAUUGUUGCGGCAAUGUGCCGAGGUGAAUUCUCAGGACUUGGCUGGCAACACUGCGCUUCACCUGGCCGCAGGACGAGGCUACGUCAACACCGUGCGGCAGCUGCUGACUUGUCCCAAUCUGAACCUAGAAACUCACAACUGUGAAGAAGCAACUCCACUCACCUGCGCUGUGGAGAGUGGCUUCAUCUCGGUCGUUCAGAUGUUGGUAGAAGCUGAGGAGGUGGACCUAGAGCCAGCACUGGACGUUGCCAAGCAGAGUUACCGCAGACUCUCCCAGCCAGAGAUGUGUCAGUUGUUGACCAGGGAGCUGGCUCGUAGACAAACGCCUCACCUAACAUAACUAUCUAAUCAUAUUUUUCAUUUUCAAAGUACUUUAUUAACAUAGAAAGAAUGUUUCAAUCAAUUUCCCAAGUUUCCUAUUCCGAGUACAUUUCAUUAAAAUACUAUUUUAUUAAUACCGUAAUACAAGAGCUUACAGCAAU